AUGUUAUGGAAAGGUAGGCUGGCGUUCCGUCAAUAUAUUCCCUCCAAAAGGCACAGGUUUGGAGUCAAGUUCUUUGUCAUGUGCGACGUGAAGACAGGAUUUGUCCAGGAUAUUAUAGUUUACACAGGGUCCACCACUGACAUCAAACAUUAUGAGGGGCUUGGGGUGUCAGGGUCCGUGGUGAUGACCAUGCUGGCUCCUCAUCUCGGCAAGGGACACACUUUGUACGUGGACAAUUGGUACAGCAGUCCCACACUCUUCCAGCAUCUGCUCUCCAACAGCACAGGGGCAUGUGGCACAGUCAGGUCGAACAGGAAGGGGAUGCCGGCAUUCGGAUGCAGGAAGAUGCAGAGAGGGGAGGUGGAGUUCCAAGAGAACGGUCAACAGCUGGCAGUAAAGUGGCAUGACAAGCGAGACGUCCAUGUCCUCUCCACUGUCCAUACAGCAACCAUGUCGGCCACAGGGAAGGUGGACCACCUGACCGGAGAGAGAAAGAUCAAACCAGAUUGUGUGCUUGAUUAUAACCUCAAAAUGGGGGCCGUGGAUAAGGCAGACAUGAUAAACAGCUUUGUGGAAUGCACACGGAAAACGAACAAGUGGUAUAAGAAGAUAUUUUUCCAUCUGAUCGACACUGCCGUCCUCAACGGCAGCAUAGUUCACCGCCAACUAACAGGUAAAGUAAUUACCUACCAAAAAUACAGAGAGAACCUCAUGAGAGAGCUGCUGGAGGAGCACCACACCCCUCGGCGCCCAUCCACUGGGGGUCGUCCUGCUGUAGACAAUCCCCUACGCCUCACUGCACGACAUUUUCCCUGCAAAGUCCCUCAAACUGCUUCUCAAGGUAGUCGCACACGGAGGCAUUGCAAAGUCUGCCUGUCUGGCACCAGGAGAAGUAAGCAGAGGAAGAUGACAAAAUACAUGUGUCUAGCUUGUGAUACACCUCUAUGUAUUUCACCAUGCUUUGAGGAGUAUCACAUGCUCAAGCAUUAUUGAGCACAUCUGCAGCAAUAGGUGACUGACUGACCUGACAUGUGACUUGACAGGUGACCAGCCAUGAUACUAUGCCUUUAGAGAUGGGGGUGGAAAUGCAGUUGUUGUUCAGUCACUGCAUGGAUAUUAAAUAUGGGUUACGCAUAUUCAGUUUUUUGUCCUCUAGUAAAACAAGUUGUUGAAAUAACUACCAGUACUGCAAUAAAAUAGAUGAAUAUUA